AUGAUGAAUCUCAACGCAGAUUUUCCGUCGCUGAGAACAGCGGACUCUGCCCCGCAGCCACAGGAAGAGGACAGUAACGACAACGAGCCUGCCGCCGCGGGCCCCGCCGCCGCUACAGCCGAGCAGGACACAAUGGAGGAGGAGGAGGCCACAGAACCCGCUGCCACGGCUACCCCCGGCCCCGAGCCGGCCGCCGGGCCAGCACCCGGAAGCGCCGACAAAAGGAAGAUUAGCGACGGCAGCUCGGACGAGGCCGAACAGCAAGUACAGCCCAAGACGGCGCAAAAUGAAAGUGGUACUCCAGCCACACACGAACAGGCACGCGAGCAGAAGAUAAGAGAAAAUGUGAACCAACUUAAAAAGAUACUGAAAUUUAACCAAGAAGAUGACGUCGCCGCAACCACCUCCAAGAAGAGGAGCGGAGAAAAAGCCAAGGGGAAACAGCGGAACACAGAAGAAGACACAGAAACGACAAACAAAACGGCAAACAAAACAGGAACCAAAAAGGAAAGGAAAAGGCAAAAUUCCAGUUCCUCACAGGAGAGGAGGCAAAGCGGGCCAGACCGGCCACAGCUGCAGCACACGGACUCCGACGACAGCUCUGACGGACAAUAG